AUGGCUAAUCUACUACCUAAAUCACUAAACACAAAGAAUGAUUUCAACGGUGCCGUAAUGAAUGACGAGAAUGCAGAGUCUUCAACUGAGCCCACACCAUCAAAGUCCACAUCAAAGUCCAAAAGUUUUAUAAGCCGGAAACUUUCCUCAAAUUCGCUUUUUUCUCAACAAAAUACUCUGAAUGCUACAUCGUCUCCUCCUCCACCACCACCCAAACCUGCUGCUGUUUCAAUGCUGCUGCCCUCGCAGUUACUCAGGUCGUCACCGGUACCUCGCAAGAAUGGCACAAUAUCGUCCUCCUCAUCGUCAUCGUCACUAAACACAUCUACUUCGACGUUGCAACCGUCGUCAACGGCAAGGGCUACACCAAGGGCGUCUCCAAAACUUCAUGCAUUACAGCCACCCCCACCACUAACGCCGCCGUCUGCUACUUAUAGACUCACGAGGUCAGGAUCAUCCCAUGUGUCACUUUCAUCGUACUCCUCCAUACCUAGUGCAAGCUCGAUAUCGACAACUGCAUCAAAGGAUAGCAUCAACACAAGUAGAAGUAAAAACAAUGACGACAAACUCAUACAAGCUUUACUAAAGCGUUAUAAAAAGUUGGAACUAGCAUUGCACAAGUUCAAUUCGAAAAAAUACAACCACAAUUUAAAUACAAGUAAGACUGUGAAUGGGGCCAUCAUGAAGGGGAACUUGCUACGAACAUCUUUAAUUCCAUUUUUGAGGAGCGCAAAUCAGUUGGAACAGUUUUUUGACAAAGAUUCCAAGGUCUAUAAAAGUUUGACAUGUGUCGUGUUGGCCAUUUUAAUCAAAUGGUGGAAUUCAUUGAUUGGAAAUUUGAGGUUCACUGCCAACUUGUCAUCGUCAACCUCCACAUCGUCGUCGUCGUCGUCGUCCGGGGUAAAAUCCCCUUCUUCUUCAUCACUAUCGUUUUCACACUCGUUGUAUUCCAGUGUGGACCCAAUUCAUUUUACAAGCAUACCAGCAUCCGACAGGAAUGCAUAUUUGGAAUGUGUUUCGCGUAUUAUGUCACGAGAUGAUUGGGUUUACUACGACGAAUCGAAUGACUAUCAAGCAUUGCUCACAACAACUUUGGACUUUUGCAUUGAUAAAUUGACUACCUUGAAAACUUUGUCUGGUCCAAUGGCUGCGUUUAUUGGAAAAGUGUUUGCAUUCAGCUUUUUCAAGAUCCCCAAUGUGGCUAACGCCUUGCUAUUUUUGCUCAAUGUCAAACAAAUGACGUUAGAAUCCUGUACCAAAACUUUACCGUGCACCAAUAGUCGUCAAGGUGAUCGAGAAUUGUACCAUGUAUUUCCUCAACACUUGCAUCGAUUUAUUGACUUUAAAGGGUUAACCAGUUUGGAUAAGGGACAAAAAUGUUAUAUGAACUGCACUCCGCCACCAAAGCAUCCGGUCGACGGGAUCAAGAAUCCAAAUGGUGAUUGGGUCCGACGUUGGUGUGGAUCUGAUUCUAGUGUAUUCAAUUCAUUUUUACGCCAUUAUAUUGAAAUAGUGCAGAAAAGCUUACUACCAGUUAUAGACGACGAUGUGGUGGUUUUACUAAAGUGUCCUGGAUUCAGCGUCAUCUUGAGUCAUAUUUAUCAAAUUCUUCACAUUGCAAUCAAUCGAAUCGCUAGUCCUGCUAAACCACCUUUCAAUGCCAAUAUUACCGUUAACAAAAAUUCACCGCUCCCACAAGUACCAGCAAUGGCUAAUCGCAAAAGGGAAGACAAUGCAAAUGGUGCGCCACCGCUUCCUCCUCCUCCUCCUACUACUACUACUACUACUACUACUACUACUACUACUCCGCCUUCACCACCUCCGCCUCACAAUUCUUUCAACUCCAAUGGUCAACGACCUAAAGCACCGACUCCUCCACCUCCCCCACAGUUCAACAUCAACAUCAAGCAAAGCGACAUGUACUACAACUCAAUCAUCAAAAUUUUCAAAACGGUGCGUGAUGUGAUUUAUUGUGCUACCCUUGAUAACAAGUCCAUUGACUGUGUGAGUGCGAGUUUGGUCAAGGCGGUUGAUUUGUGUUUGAUUUCGAUUGCAAAGGAAGUGACGAUAUACGAUUUCAACAAGAAUGGGUUGAUUUUAGGGAUUGUUCACGAAUUUGUCAAUCACAUUGAAAACAACAUCUCCAAUGAAGUAAAUUAUCUCAUCAAUUGGGAGUUUUGGUUAAGUUGCAGCUACAUGAUGAUUAACCAUUCCGAUCACGUUCAAAGUUUGUUGAAGAAUUUUGCAUUUCUAUUCAAUGUGUGGGAUAUGAUUCCCGAUGCGUUAUGCUCAUUUGUCAAGCCUCAAUAUCUGGACUUUGAACCCAUUGGUGAGAUCAAUGACGAAAACUACAAGUGGGUAACUAACUUGGAGGAAUCCUACAAGUUGAAUUUUACAAAUUAUCUCGUCAGCGAUGAAAUGUUUCGUACCAUGUUUGUUCAUUGGAAUCCUCUAGUGAGGUCCUAUUAUAUCAAGCUUUUGGUUUGGAGAGUCAUUGGAAUCAACAACUCUCAAUCUUCUGCAUCAAUACAGGUUACUAGAAACCUACAAUUCAAGUUGGACCAAUCAUUCGAAGCAUUGCAACGAUAUACAAUGAAGUUAUGUAAUGGGCAGAGUCGAGACGAAUACGGAUCAUGUGACUGGAAUAGGAAGUUGACCAUCAAUUUUAAACCCGAUAAUCCUUUGGUUAAUCGAAAAUUUGGAAUUUUACCAGCUAGUAUACGCGACGAUUACCUAUCACUUGGUAAUACCAAUUACGAUAGCCAACAGUCGGAUGCAUAUGUGGCUUCAGCUGCUGCCACUUCAGUGUCAAAGUCGGCCGAAUUGAGAAAAACUCAUGCAUUUGAAAUUUUUGAUGAGGCUAUAUAUACCUGUGCCACUGUUGCGCCAGUUUCGGGAUCAAAGACGCCGCAAGACGAAGAUGUUGAAGCAGAUCGCAAGAGAAGUAAUUCGUCAUCCUCGUCGAGUUCAGUCGCGAGCUCAAUUGGCUCAAAGGGGACGUCAUUAGUUAGCUCUAUUGGACGGUUGUUGCGUAUUGUCUCCGAUGAUAAUGGUGACCACAAUAGUGGUGACAGAGGUUUGGAUCUGAAAGAUGAGCUAAAGUCCAGCGGUAGCCGCAUUAACGAAAGUGACAUUACGAGAAAUUCGGCAUCUUCCACUUCGUUGUCAACCACGAACUCCUUCAAAUCGAGGUCUUCUUCGCCGAGCAUUAUGUCAUUUAGAUCAACGCCCACUUCUGUUACUGAGACUUCGUCUACAAAGUCGGAUAAUGAAUCGUUAUAUUCUCUUGAUACUAUCAAGCUAAAUAACUCCUUGCAAGAUGCAAGUUUUGGUGCACAACAAAGAAUGCAACAACAGUCCGGUGGUGAAAAUAAACUGCUGACAAAGAAAAAACUGUCGCAGUUGCAGCAAUCGUAUAACAUACAACCCCCUGAAUUGGCACGAUUGCCGCCAGACAUCAUUCGCCCCAUUUUCAAGUUUGAUAUUAUUGUUUGUCAUGAAUCAGUCAAUGAAAAGUUUCAAGUUAUUAAUCACAAAAAUUCGUUGCUUCGUCAACAAAUGUAUUACAAUUCAGAUGGCCGUUUGCCGUCGAUAUCCUCAAAUGCCACCACCAGCACGUCAUCUACGUUGUUGGGACCUGGCUCCAAUGCUGGAUCAUCGAAGCCAACAGUUUUGUAUUUCCCUCAUCAACCACAACUUCCAUACAUUUCACUAUUUAUCAAUACAGACUUGUACAAUAACAAGAUGGUUUACAUGAAUGAAGAAGAGGAUGGAAUUUUCCUCCAGGAGUACUAUCUGCGUGAUGCAUCCAAUUCAAGUAUAUCCAGCUCAUCGAUUUCAGGCAUCGAUCCGAUAUUGGUUGCAAGUGCAAACAAAUCUCAUCAAGUGAGGCAAAAGUUGCGAUCAGCAACCUUGUUUCAAGACGAAACGAUUUCAAUGGCAACCAUGGUCAAUUUGGGAAAAUCAAUCAAUGAAUUAAACAUAAACAUUGAUGAGUUUAGACGGUAUUUGAGUAAACGUAUUGAAGCUGAUGCGUUUUACCUGAGUGCGGGAUACGACUCGAAUGAAGUUGGUGAGAAAUAUGGUUCAAAUGGUGUUGGGUUCCCUGUGUUUAAUGGUAUUGACGAGGGAGAGGAUGAUGUUAGAGCCAGCGGUGGUGGCGGGCUGAGUGGUGUGCGCUCAUUUACUGUGCGAGGUAAAGAAUUCAACGAGUUUAUUUAUUUUAAACGGAUCAUUCCAUUCUUGAGUGUUGAUUCCAGCAAUGAAAUGAAGUUGUUGAAUGCGAAUUGA